CUCCGUUUUGAUCCUUAUUUCGAUGUCCGUUUUGCCAUUCAUUCGUAGUCAAAAGUCGACUAACUUAUCCCUAUUCGCUGAUAAUUGAACAAAGUUUUUAUAGCUCCCAACGACGCGACGGAAAAUUUUAAAUUUUUACUGUAGUCCUCACAAUUAUCAAUUGAAAUCCAUAUAAACAGCAAAAGGAUAAUAGUUUUUAGUGGAAACCCAAUAAAAUAACAACCAAACAUGUGAAUACAACAAGCAAAUAGUAAAUGAAAAAUUCCAAAAGCCACCAUUUCUAAGGUCGUCAAAAAAUAGUUUUUCUUCUUUUAAAAGUCGACCAAGCAAAUGAAAAUACAUAAAUAUGUGAGCGUGUAUAACAAUGUCUGGAAAAUAGAAAGUGAAAAUUUGUAAAAAAAAAACAAUUUAAAAUGAUUCAAUUCCAUUUUCAAUAUUAAUUUCAAGAUGAAAAAAUUUGGUAAUGUAAUAUAAGGGUAAACGAAGAAGAAGUGAAGUGGCAGAGAAACAACCACAAAAAAGUUUGAACGAUAAGAAGAAAGUAAAGAGAGAAAUAAAAAAAAAAAUAUUUUGGUGAGAAACAAAAAGUGAAAAGAAUUCAGAAAAAAUGGUGUUUGGGUGGGGGUGAGAAUCAAAAAAGCAAAACAGCAGCAAUUUUGCGACAUGCACAGGCGAAUUUGUUACAAAAACAUUGAACAAAGCGAACUAACAGCAGCGACGAUACAUAAGCAAAUUCAGGUGUUGGGGGCCAAGUGUUUAGCAGCUGUUUUUGUUUUGUGUUGUGCGUAAGCGCGUAAGAGCAACGAAUCAACGAAUAUUAAAACGACAAAACAACAAUACAGUGAAGCUGGCCUUUUGUCACAUUGCUAUUCUUUGUCGCGAGUUGCGUUACUUCAUUACUUUGUACAAAUGGUCAAUGUGUGAGUGAAUGUGUUUUCGAAAACCACCUUUAAAAAGUCAAUGCACUAACAUAAUAACAAAUAACAUCGUCAGCGUCGACAGAGACCAACGAUCGACGUCAACGUACACAGUGCAGCGGCUACAGAACGCAAACACCGACCAACCUUAACACAAAAGAAAGAUUCUUCUGUUGUAUUCAGGAGUGGGACUUUUCGUUUUGUAUUUCUUCCUUGCUUCUUGAAAGCAAUUAUUAUUCCCUUCUUAAGAAGAUAGAAGGUUAUAAUCGAAAAAGAAAAAAACCAAAACAAAAAUACAUAAAUUCAAAGUAAUUGAGAAGUGUGAGAGAAAAACAUCAACAAAGAGUACGCAACACAGAACAGAGAGACAGACAGAUAGAGAGAGGGAGAGAACUGACAAAGAGUGAAAGUGAAUGUACUUGUAAAUAAAAGUAAUUUGUCAUUACACAGCUAUCAGACAGCUUAAUAGUGAGUGGACACUUUGUUAAAAUGUGUUUAGAACUCUAAUGUAACGCUACUCCAAUUACAUUCGCCAAAAUUACUUGUAUAAAUUCGUUGUAAAGAAAAAAUGUGCAAAGAACUUUACAGUUUGUCACAAUUGUAAUAUUGGUCAAUGUGAACCCUGCUCGUCUGGUAAUAACAAAGGGAAUUUGAAUAUAUUUACUUUGAUGAGUACCAGAAGCCAACAAUAACAACAACAACAACAACAACAAAUUGACCUUUUUACUGCCAAAAAGCCCUUACCGCCGCGCAGUUGCAUACACAUCCCAACGCCGACGACGAGAAAAAGAAGAAUAAACAAACUGCGACAGCAGCAGCAUCAUCGUUUGGCAGUAGCAGCAGCAGCGACAACAAAACAUCUGUGGGGGGCAAUAACGUGAAACAAAAGACGAAACACAUAAAAAGGACUUGGCUGGUAGUGUGUGUUUGUGGUGGAGUUAAGAACAACAUAAAGAAGAAACACAAAAAAUAUAUAAGAAAGCAUUCAUACCCCAUUUUAUUUGUUUCCAUUGUGUCAAAAAAGCAAAGAAAAAAAAAAAACGCAAAGUCAGUACUUUAUAAUUUUACGGCUUGAAACCAACUCAUCUGCAUUAAUAAUCCACAAAAAUAAAAUCAGGAAUCCGACACUUCUGUUAAACACACAAAAAAAAAAAAAACUAUUGGCAAAAAACCCAAACCUGUCGCGUUGUCGGGGAGUGUAAAGAAGGAAGAAACAAAAAUAAAACAAUUUCAAAAAGCAGCUAAAAUAUUUUUUAAUAUAAUUAGAACUUUAACAUAUUUUAAUAAUAAAUACUUCUGUAAAUAUAUAUAUUUUUCGUCGUCUGCAAACAUCACCACCCUCUAACUUUACAAUAAAACAACAGUCUCAUCAUGGUUAAUCGAAAUAACAAUCAGGCUGCCAAUAAUAACAAUAAUGCCGGUGGACCAGAUCAUGUACAGAAUCGUCGAAACCCAGCAAUGCCCAUACCGCCACCUGAAGGUGGCAAUGCUGCAGCUGGCGGUGCAGGUGGCGCAGCCAGCGGUGGUGGCGGUGGUGGAGCAGCUGCCGUCGAUUGGGUCCAAGAGGAUUUAGAACGUUAUAGCUUUGAUGAUUCCGAUCGUUUUGAAGAGGACUCUUUAUGUAGCUGGAGUUCAGAGCCUGAAUCAUUGUAUAAUAAUUGGAGAGGUUGGAAGAAACCAUCAAGUUUUGGCAUUGGAAAUGCCGCGGCUACAGCCACAGGAACAAUUGGCAUUGAUGCCACGGCGAAUGGAAGUGGCAAAGGAGCAGAAGUUCCAACACUUACAGAAUUGGCCGCAAAAUGUGUUGCUUCGUAUAUACCCUUUGAAUUGGUGGAACAUGUCUAUCCACCAGUACCCGAACAGUUGCAAUUGCGCAUUGCAUUCUGGAGUUUUCCGGAUAAUGAAGAAGAUAUUCGUUUAUAUUCUUGUUUAGCAAAUAGUUCAUCCGAUGAGUUUAAUCGCGGUGACCAACUAUUCAAAACUGGUGCAGUCAAAGAUCCCCUGCAAAUAGGUUUCCACCUUUCCGCAACGGUAGUGUGUCAAACACCUAGCCAGAAUUUUAAUGUGGCCGUUACCUUCGAUCGAAGACGUAUAUCGUCAUGUAAUUGCACAUGCAAUUCAAGUGCAUAUUGGUGUUCUCACGUUGUGGCCGUUUGUUUACAUCGAAUACAUUGUGCUUUGGAGGUGUGUUUAAGAGCUCCUGUCUCUGAAUCAUUAACCCGUUUACAACGUGAUCAAUUGCAAAAAUUCGCCCAAUAUUUAAUAAGUGAAUUGCCGCAACAAAUACUGCCCACAGCUCAGCGUCUGCUAGACGAGCUAUUAAGUGAACAACCGACGGCUAUAAAUACAGUGUGCGGAGCUCCCGAUCCAACAGCAGGUGCAUCGAUAAACGAUCAAACAAAUUGGUAUUUGGAUGAGAAGACUUUACAUGAAAAUAUCAAACGUAUUCUUAUUAAAUUUGUUAUGCCAGCACCGAUGGUUUAUAGCGAUGUAAAUUAUUUAACAAAUUCCGCCCCACCGGCUGCCACAGAAUGGAGUUCUCUUCUGCGACCGUUAAGAGGCCGUGAACCGGAAGGUAUGUGGAAUCUCCUGUCCAUAGUUCGUGAAAUGUAUCGUCGAUGUGAUCGCAAUGCUGUACGAUUAUUGGAAAUUAUCACGGAACAAUGUAUGGCAUGUGACCAACUGCUGUUGUGGUGGUAUCAGACAAAACUCUCGUUGAUGAUGGGUUCACAUGGUCACAGUGGCGGUAAACACUCAAGUACGCAUUCAAAUUCAAAAGCCAUCGAGCAUGCCUGCAGUUCGUUAUUCGAUGAAAUAGUUGUUUUAUGGCGUUUGGCAGCAUUAAAUCCAGGCUUGGCACCAGACGAACGCGAUAUGCUACAUGCCCAAUUUACCGCUUGGCAUUUGAAAAUCUUGGAUCGUGUGGUUAAGUGUCGCAUAAUGCCGUCAUCGUAUAACAAUAAACAUCAGCAGAAUAUGAGGUCAGAUGCGGAAAUGUUUGUGGGUUUUAAGCCGGCCAUAGAGGCAUGCUAUCUGGAUUGGGAAGAGUAUCCGAUUGCGGGAAUAACUCAUACUCACGAGACAAAUCCAAUUUAUUAUUCGCCCUUCACAUGUUUCAAACACACUGAAAACAAGUGCGAAAGUAAUGGUGGACAAUUGAAUGCUACUCAGGCCUUGAUGGCAAAUAAUAAACACUAUAAUUAUAUUAGUUCGUCGGCGGAUCAUGGUCAGCAUGGUGCAUUCAAGCAACGUUUGGAACGGCCAUUUCGUGAACGUUUCUAUAUAUCUUCUAGCAAUAAUUCAAGUAAUUCUUCAAGCGACAGUGUUCAUGCUCGUCUACAUCAAGGUAUAGAAGGGUCGCAGCAGCCCCAGCCGUCAGCAUCUGGAAACGGUAAUUCGGGUGGUCUUAAAGUCGGAAUUGCAUCUGGAGCGUCAACAAGUUCGGGAAAUGCUAACAGUAGUAAUUUGGGUAAUUUAGCAGAACGUAGUGGUAGUGGAGGGAACAAUAUGUCAUCGGCCGUUGACGCUAGGCCUUCCACAUCAUCACAGUCUGCCGCAGCAUCAGCUUCUGCUUCAGCAGCAGUUGUUCAAGGCUUACCACGGCGAAUUCCCUUGUCAACCAUGGGUGGUGGAGAUGGUAAUCGUUCAAGUGCAAGCAGUGAAGGUUUCUGCGAAAAUGAAGAUUUUGGUGGCGACAGUAGCAGCAACAAUUUAUGCAUAUCUGACAAUGAUAAUGGUCGGAGUAUAAAUCCAAAUAAAUUUCCAAUGCCGCAACAACAGCCAUCGACUUCUAAAUCAAUAUCACAUUCGGAUUCACAGCAGUCAUUUAAUGAUUCGUCUCCCGACGCCUUGGAUGUGGCCGAUGAAGGAAACAAAAUGUCGGGUUUCUCUUUGCCUACAACACCUACGAAUAAAGCCAUUGUUGCCACACUUGCAUCGCAAUCUUCAUCAGAUUCUUCAACUUCAUCUUCCUCUUCAUCGAACUCUUCUUCAUCUUCAUUGUUGAUUGCGUUGGGUUCUGAAGCGCCCGGUUGUAGUGGAAGUGGUGCCGGUGCACUCGAAACUGAUAAAUCUUUAAAUAUCCAAGAUGCCAGAAGGAUAUCGAAAGAUGAAUCAUUUUCGUCAUCAAGUGAUGAAUUUGUAUCAAAAGACGUUAGCAAACAUCGUUCCGCUGAAGAUUUAACGCCAGUGCCAAGUACAUCGGCUGCUGCCAGAGCGGCUCUAAUGAAGGCUCAAGGCAAUGCAAGCUCCCCUUCACCCUCGAAUACAGUGGUAAACGAAGUGGCCACCAGUGCACCGCUUAAUAAUAAAUCGAUGAAUCCUACGACUCCAACAACUACCGCAUCGUCUUUAUAUGCCGGACCCUCGACAUCAGCACAGGCUAUGUCGGCAUCACUUUCAACGAAUAUGGGCCCACUUCCUCCGACAUCUACAUCCAAUACCACAUCGGAGAAGCCACAUAUUUUCUCAAACCUCAGACCAUCCGAAGAUGCGUGGGACAUUCUCCUGGCCCGUGCCGAGGGCUUACACGCCCAUGGCCAUGGUCGGGAGGCCUGUAUAUUGGCAGUACGCUUGGCUGAGGAAAUGUUGGAAAAUCCUCCAAAUUUGAUGAUGGAAAUGCCACCAGCUCCCAAACGAAAAGGCAAAAACAAGAAUAUCAAUCCAAUUUCUCAUCAUCUGACCGUAUUGGCCUCCGCCACGCUGACCAAGUGUGCUUUCCUCUGCACUGUACUUUCAGAAAAUUCUGAACAUUAUCAUAUUGGUUUUCGUAUUUGUAUUUUUGCUUUGGAAAUGGCUCGUCCGCCGGCAAGCACUAAGCCAUUGGAGGUUAAAUUAGCCAACCAGGAGGCUGACAUAUUGACGCUCUUGAAGAAAAUACCUAUUGACGAACCAGAAUUGGAGGUAAUACGAGCACGCGCAGAACGUCUGCGCAAUGGCACUAUGAAGUCACGAGGUGAGGCUUUGUUGCCCAUCAAUUUGGCUUCAUACAUCUUUGAUGCCCUGGUAAUGCCAUCCGUAUCCAUGAAAGAUCAACGAAUACGCAGCAUGAGCAUCUAUAGGCCCAUAACAGAUGAAAAUCUGGGCUUUGAAGCUGCUGUGGCUGCACUGGGCUUAAAGGCAAAUGUGUCCGAAGCAGAACAUCCUCUGUUAUGUGAGGGUACUCGACGCCAGCGGGGUGAACUGGCCUUAACACUGCUGUAUUUCUAUAAAGAUGACCCACAUAAAAUUGCCAAAAUUAUGGAGAAAUUAUUGGAUCGGGAAAUACACACGUUGCUGAAGACACCACUAUUACCGGCAUACUAUUCCAACAAUCCACCCGUUAGAACUCCCAACAAUUCGGUCAAUAGGCAUGGUGAGAGUGGCGAUUACAAUAAUCGACACGGCAACAAUGCGGCAGUCAUGGCUGGUGGUUCUGGAAAUAAUAUUGGUGGUGGAAAUAUGGAUUUGUAUCAUGCCGAUUAUGCUUCUGUCGGAGGCAAUAGUCGACCAACAAGUUCCACAAGUGCAGAACUGGAUGUUAAUAUGGCUGGUUUGAAUAUUUCAUCUCCAGCGAAUUCUUCUCUAAUGGCGACAUCCCAACAAAACAAUCAAGGUAUGCCAAGCAAUGUGCCGACCAUGGGUUCACAAACCACACAGACCACAACAAGGGCAAAAGACUCCCGAUACAAAGGCAAACGAGCAUAUCCCUCAAUACCGAAUCAACCCUCUGAGGCCAGUGCUCAUUUCAUGUUUGAAUUGGCGAAAACAGUUUUGGUCAAAGCCGGAGGGAAUAGUUCGACAUCAUUGUUUACUCAAGCCACGGCCAAUCACAAUCAUCAUGGUCCACACAGAGGUCUACAUAUGUGCGCCUUCCAAUUGGGUCUGUAUGCCCUGGGUUUGCACAAUUGUGUCAGUCCCAAUUGGUUGUCUCGGACAUACUCCUCACAUGUCUCAUGGAUUUUGGGUCAGGCUAUGGAAAUUGGUGCACCGGCUAUAAGUUUUCUAAUCGAUACGUGGGAAGGUCAUUUGACACCGCCCGAAGCUGCCAACAUGGCUGAUCGAGCCUCUAGAGGUUGGGAUAGUAAUUAUCCAGCUGCAGAAUUGGCCCUUUCAGUUUUGCCACACGCCGCCGCCCUCAAUCCCAAUGAAAUCCAGAGAGCCAUACUUCAAUGUAAGGAACAAAGCGAUUAUAUGUUGGAGAGGGCUUGCAUUACGGUGGAAAAUGCUGCAAAAGGUGGUGGAGUUUAUCCCGAGGUGCUGUUUCAGGUUGCCCGUUAUUGGUAUGAGUUGUACAUGCGUAACACCCCCAACAAUGGUGGUGGCGAGCAUGACCAACACGAUGAUCACUUGGAUCAUUCUGCAGCUGUGAGCCUAUCGGCACUCAUAGAAUCUCAUCAGCAUCAUGAAAUGCAGAUGCAACAACAAGCAGCAGCUGCGGCGGCGGCUGCUAAUCAGCAAGCUAUGGUUGGUCCUCCAUUACAGGGUGGACCGCCCGUACCGCCUGGUGGUCAACCUGGACAACCAGGAGGACCGGUUGUUGUGACGUCUGCUCCUCCAGCUUUCCAACAACAAGUGCCAGCAAUGGCUCCCGUGGGAAUGGCACCCUAUAAUGCCUAUGGCUUUUGUCAGGGAAUGUAUCAUCACAAUCUGCCAUAUCCGACCAAUCAAAUUCCCAUGUAUGUUCCGCAAGGACCACCUCCAGGACCACCGCCCCAAGGGUAUCCGGGUUAUCUACCACCGCCCCAACAACAGUCUGUUAAUCCCACAGCACCGCCACCGAAUGCUGGGGUUCCACCCCAACAGUCUCCGUAUGUACAUCAGGCACAAAAUGCUGGAGUAUUUGGUCAGAUGACGCCUCAAGCAGCCUAUCAAGCGGCCACAAUGCAGUGUGGACCACCAUCGUCAUUUGUGCCACAACCACCACCACAAGGUCCCUCCGUCCCGCCAAAUGGACCACCACAAAUGGCCCAACCACCUCCAGGUAUGCAGGCGGCCGCAGCAGCAGCUGCUGCUGUUUACUACGGUCAACAGGCUCCUCCACCUAAUGGACAGCAUCCGGCCCAAGCUGCAGCACAGCAAGCAGCAGCUGCUCACCAAAUGGCCGCAAUGCAUCAAAUGAGAGCAAAUCAACAGCAAGGAGCAGUAUAUCCCUUUGUACAGGUUCCCCAACAGCAACCUCCGCCACAACAACAAGCUCCACAUCAUCAACCACCGCCGCACAAUAUGGCCGGUCAUGGAGGGGGACAUCAUCAGCAAAUGGCUCCACCGCCUCAGGGUGCCAACCGUCAAAGACACCCACACCAGUUUACACCCGCCCAAUUACGUUACCUCUUGGCCGCCUAUAAUGUUGGCAUGUUAGCUAUGGAAACAUUGGCAAGGCGCGUUCACGAUGAUCGCCCUCAGGCCAAGUAUGCACGCAAUCCUCCCUACGGUGAAGAUGUAAAAUGGCUAUUGAGAAUUUCAAAGAAGCUUGGCUCCCAGUAUUUACAUCAGUACUGCGUUUGUGCCGUCAAUUCAAUAGUAAGUCCAUUCGUCUUACACGAUGUGGCCAUAGAAUCGGCUCAUUAUUUGGGACGCAACAAUCAUCAAUUGGUCAUGCAACAUUUGAGAUCGGCUCUAACGCCAUUGGUACAAAAAUGCCAACAAAUGUAUAUCCAAUGUAUACAUCAAAAGUUGUAUCAUUUAACACCAGCGGAUUAUGAGGACUUUGCCAGCAUAAUUGUGGCAGCUCGUGCAGCUUUCCAAAUUACACCAGAGGGUAGUGCACAAUUCAAGGACUGGUUACAAUCCAUUAAAAGAUCAAAAUCUUGUAAAAAGGAGCUGUGGACACAAAUAAAUGCUGCCCUUCAAAGUAAUGCCAAAUGACAAAGACUUGAUUCGCAUAGUAUGACCACAUCAACACAACAAUCUUCUUCAUCAACAACAACACUGGCAGCAACAUCUGUCCAAGCGUCCGUAUCAGUAGCCGCAGCAGCGGCUGCAACAAGCAAUAGCAACAUAAAUACAACAGGAGCG